AUGAUACGACAUGGAUCAAACGAUACCGAGACGACAAAACACAAACAAAACUUAAAAUAUAUUCUGUUAUACUCCAACGCGAAUCCUAUAAGGAAUAAAGACAGCCUUGGCUACGGUUGUGGCUUCUGUCCGGAACAGUAUCAAGAACCCUUAGAUCUCAAAAAGCACUUUUUCAACGAACACAACGACGAACGGCUUAUAAAAUUCAUGUCGAAUAGACUCUUUGAGCAGGUUGUUAAAUUGGAUAUCACGACCUUAAAUUGUGCCAUCUGCAACGUACGUGUUUCGGAUUUAGAAGAGUUCCUCACGCACCUUAAAAUUGAACAUCAAAAGAAAGUGUACACGGAUAUUAAAACCCCGAUUUUGCCAUUCAAAUUUGAUACGCCAGAACUACGUUGCGCUGUUUGCUCAACUGAAUAUACAACUUUCAAAUUACUGCAAGAGCAUAUGAGCUCGCAUUUUGGAAGUUACAUCUGCAAUACAUGCGGUCAUUCAUACAUGAGUGAAAAGCUGCUUACAGAAUGCGCGAUCAUCAAAAGCGGACGCACCUCGGUCAGACAAAACGCAAUAAAUGUCAAAUUUGCCUCGAGAGAUUUACGGACUAUUGGAAGAAAGUCGAGCAUAUGGUUAAAAGAGCACGGUGCUCCUCCCGUUGUUUUGAACUGUCAGGCGUGUGAUAGGGUAUUUCACAACCAGAGAGCUCUAUCGAUGCAUACAAAGAAAGAUCAUCUAAUGGAACGGCCGCAUAAAUGCGAAGAGUGCGAAAUGAAGUUUUUUAACAAGGGUGGAUUGCAGCGUCACAUGGCUAAGCAUACAGGCUUAAGACUAUUUCAAUGCGAUGUUUGCUUCAAGUCUUAUGGUAGAAAGAAUACAUUGAGAGAGCAUAUGAGGAUCCAUGCAGAUGAUAGGCGGUUUGUAUGUGGACAUUGUGGCCAGGCCUUUGUUCAGAAGUGCAGCUGGCGUAGUCACAUGAGAUCGAAACAUGGUGAAGAACAUUAA